ACCAUGGCGAAGCUCAUCGUCGCCCUCUGCCUCCUCUUCGGCGCGAACGCCAUGGGUAUUUAUGGCGGCGAAAAGAACGGGUGCGGCCAGACCUGCUUAGCGGUCGAAACUCUCAACUCGCUGCCCUUCCCCCUGGGCACGAUUGAAUCCGAUACUUGUUACGUGAUUGAAGGCACGUUCCCCUCUCCCGCUGACGCACUUUUUGUCUCAAGCUUGGUCAAGUGUGCGAAGAUCACGAUCCCGAGCGGCUCCCGCGUAAGCGGCAUUUUCGCACACCUCCCGCGUCCGCCGUCUGCCCCGCGCCGCGAAACUGAGACGCGGCGCGCGCAGGUUAACGGUGAGAACACGGAGAUCGUCAACGAAGGUCUGCUCGGCGGCAUUAACGCGCGCCUUCCGCGUCCGUUGCUUAAAUUGCGUGGGAGUACUUAGCGAUCAUCACGAACGCUAGACUAACUCAUGCAUUGAUCACUACAUCGCGCAGGUCGAUGAUAUAGCAGUCGGAACGAAGAUCACGAACACCGGCAUCAGGAACGACGGCGACCCCGUCAUCAUCAACGCGCGCACGCCGCGUCCCUCCGCCUCCGAAGAUUUUCGACGCCUCCCUCGCGCGCAGGUCCAGUCGGCUACGACCGAGAUCACGGUGAGCGACCCGGGCGCGGCCGAGGUCCGCGUGCGCGACCCGCGUCCAUAACGCCCGCCCGCACGAAAGCGAAGGAACCGAAACGCAGGCUUUUGGUGUAGACAUCACCUUCCAGUGCUACGGCGAGGACGCGACCGCGGUCUCUGACACACCCGAGGUCUGCUCGUCAUGA